AUGGUACACCUUGUGGCUGUACCAGAGACAAUCACGGCAAGUGGCUGUGCUUGUGUCUUUAUUGACACCAUCUUCCGACUUCAUGGGUUGCCCCGUGAACUCGUAUCAGACAGAGAUCCACGAUUCACUGCUGAUUUCUGGCGUUCCGUGUUCAAAUCACUCGGAACGCGCUUGAAGAUGUCAACAUCUGAUCAUCCAGAGUCAGAUGGUCAGACGGAACGUGCCAAUCGUGUCCUUGAAGAGAUACUUCGAGGAUACGUACACUCCUUUAAGAGUUGGAGUGAGUUUUUGCCAAUGGUAGAGUUUGCCAUCAACAACUCGGUGCAUGCGUCCACGACACAUACACCGUUUUACGGGGGAGGGACUCGCGCGAGCAAAAACCGAUUUGGUUCACGCUCAUCACGCUCUGACGAAGAAGUCAUUGCGUUUGAUGCCGAUAUCGAUAACAUCGAUAUCGAAGAAGAUGAUGCCAGUGAGAGUGCGGAAGCCCUCACUGAAGACAAUGAUCCCAGUGAGAGUGCGGAAGCCCUCACUGAAGAAAAGGUUGUUGUUGCUGCAGUGCGCUCACAGCACACUGAAGCUAACGAGUCAUCAGAUGAGUUCAUACUGGCUCGUGAAACGGUAGUCCGUUUUGUGCAAGACUCCAUCGCCGAAGCGGUGGAUAAGCAAAAAGCAAAACGCUGA